AUGUUUCAACACGCAAUAGACAUUCUACGUGAUACUGCUUGAUGUAGGCACGGAUGUCGAAAUGCAAAUGUCCUGGGUCCGACCUAGCAUUUGACUUUAAAAUAUUUCAGGAGUUUGAAUCCCAGUAAAGUGCUGUUGAUUUAGAGCUUUCCUAUCCAUCCUAUGUGGGCCUGAUUUCCAUUGUAAAUAGUUUAUGGUCCACUUGACACUGUUUGUUGCAGCCGGUUGUUGCUCAACAGUGGCUGAGGCUCCAGCCAAUUCUGAUCAGCAGUCACUCUCAGCAGAAUCAGACCAAGAGAAGAGAUGGAGGUGCAGGUGGUUAGCAUGGACAGAUGGACCUACGCUGCAGUCAGUGGCAUGCUGGCAUCUCUCGGCCUCUGUGGCAGCCUGUUCUACAUCUACUGCCUCAUCUCUCCUAGAAAAGAGCAUGGAAGAUCAAAGCAACCACUUAAACUGCUGCUGGGAUCAAUGGUUGGUUCAAACUGCUUCCUCCAGAUCAUUCUGGUUGUUCACAACUGUAAAGAUGCCUUCUGUACACCCUGGGAUUUUGACAUUGCCGUUUCUGCCAUCAAGAAUUUGGCUGCGGGAGUCAACAUGUUUUCCGGUGUUUGGACUAGUAUGUUCUUCUACACCCAGAUUGUCCCUGCAAGACACAAUUUCUCCAUCUGGUUGAAGCGGAACAUUAAAACGGUUGUUUACUGUGCCUUGGCAUUGCACUGUGUGCAUGUCUCUGUACACUUAGCUAUGGAGUUUUCACUCAUGUACAAUUUCAUGAGUUCUACUCUGGGCAGCCCGCACACCACAAACAGGACAGGAUUUUCAGGUAACAUCACACAGUGUAUGUCUGUCUCUGUUAGCGCCCUGCCAAUGUCUGUGGAACUGAUGGCUGUUGAAGGUGUGAUGGUAGCCAUGCUGUGGCUGGCACUGGCCCUAACAAUGGCAUCCAGCAGUGCAACAGUGUGUUACCUCUGGGGUCACAUCAAGAACAUGGAGGCCAGUGGCAGCUCCUUCUCCCCACAGCUACGCAGCCAGAUGAGGGUGACCAUCGCAGGGUUUGUCCAGGGGCUCCUCUACCUGCUCUGCUCAAUGUUUGUCUUCAUUAUGUUGGUAUUUAUCUUCACAAAGACAAUCUAUUUUGACCCAGAGGAACGGAUGAUACUCACUGCCUACUCAGUCUACUCCUUUGGCACCACAGUGAACCUAGGUGUUGGUCAGACUCUCUUCAGACAGAGGGUUGGUGCUCUGGCAGGCAAAGUGAGAGAUUGGUGCUCUACACAAGGAUGA